GUGCUGGAGAGCAAUGGCGGCGUGCCGGGGGUCCUCAUCGAGAUGGUUCUUCACCCGGGAACAGCUCGAAGCCACGCCGUCCCGCCGCUGUGGAGUCGAGCCGGACAGGGAGCUGGCGUAUCGACAGCAGGCGGCGAAUCUUAUUCAAGAUAUGGGCCAGAGGCUCAACGUCUCCCAGCUCACAAUUAACACUGCAAUUGUUUACAUGCAUAGGUUUUAUAUGUAUCAUUCUUUCACCAGGUUCCACAGAAAUAUCAUUUCUUCAACUACGUUAUUCUUGGCUGCAAAGGUUGAGGAGCAACCACGGAAACUUGAACAUGUAAUAAAAGUGGCACAUGCCUGUCUAAACCCUCAAGAGGCCCAGCUAGAUACAAAGAGUAAUGCUUACCUCCAGCAAGCCCAAGAGCUGGUGAUACUUGAAACGAUAGUGCUGCAGACAUUAGGCUUUGAAAUAACAAUUGAGCAUCCACAUACUGAUGUUGUGAAAUGUUCCCAGCUAGUGCGAGCAAGCAAGGAUUUGGCACAGACUUCCUAUUUCAUGGCUACCAACAGCCUGCAUCUCACCACCUUCUGCCUGCAGUAUAAGCCCACUGUCAUCGCCUGCGUGUGCAUUCACCUGGCGUGCAAGUGGUCCAACUGGGAGAUCCCCGUGUCCACGGACGGGAAGCACUGGUGGGAGUACGUGGACCCGUCUGUCACGCUGGAGCUGCUGGAUGAGUUGACUCACGAGUUCCUGCAGAUUCUGGAGAAGACGCCUAGCAGAUUGAAACGAAUAAGAAACUGGAGGGCCACGCAAGCUGCCAAGAAGCCCAGGACAGACGGCCAAGCGGCGGACAACUCUCUUCCAGGCCCCUCGUCGGCGCAGGACCAUUCCGUUGUGGACAGCAUUCCCGGGGUCGUGGCCAACGCGGCGUUCCCCAAACCCUCCGCUGCUUUCCCCCUGUCCCUGCCUUCGAACUCAGUGGGCUCCGUGUCCCUGGACAGCAUGGCCAGUAUGCAGGGCGCCGCUUUCACCUUCACGGCCCCCAGCGACUGGCCGCAGGACCAGGGCCGGCCCGAGGCCUACUCCCUCAAACAGGACGCCCUGAGCUUAGUGCAGGGGGCGCCGCUGGCCCUGAACGCCACCCUGCACCACCGGCCGGACAAAAGCGCGGACUUUACUGCGGUCAAACAGGAGCAAAAGGCGGGCAGCUCGACCAAGCAGCAGCAGCCCGCUUAUCCGGCUCCUGUUGCUCCCUCGCAAAAAAUGUCCCUGGAUAAGUACCGGGAGAAGCACGCGGCCGAGCUGGCGGUGCAGAAACGGAGGCAGGAGCAGGGCCUGGACGCGGAGGUCAGGGACACGUACGCCCCCUCCGGCCCGACGGAGCCGCAGCAGAUGCAGGCCUCUUACCACAGAAAACAGGCGCAGCCCCACCCGCCCCUGCAGGGGGUCCCGGGCUGCAGCUCCGCCUCCCCCCUGAAGAUGAAGCUGCCGCUGCCGGGCUCCGACAAGCCCGCGGGGGACAAGCGGGACAAGAGCAACCCGCUGAAGCUGCGGCUCCCGGUCCCGCCGGCCGAGAAGGCCGGAGUCAGCAAGGAGGAGCUGAAGAUGAAGAUCAAGGUCUCCUCGGAGCGCCACAGCUCCUCGGACGAGGGCGGCACCAAGAGCAAACAUUCCAGCCCGCUCGUGAGCAAGGAGAAACACAGGGAGCACUCGGCCCACCGGCACCACAAGCACGGCCACGCCCACCAGCACAGCGGCAACGGCAGGGCAGGCCCCGAGGGGCCCGCGGCGGUAGGUUGUAGCGGCGAGGGCGUUGGCCCCGGCCCCAGCUCCUCCCGGAAGAGGGCGCACCCCGACGCCAGUCACAACCACCACUCCAAAUCGAGCAAAAGUUCCAAAAGCGCAGGUAGUGCCUCUCAUUGUUCCUCUGUAAAGCAGUGUGUGUCCUCUCACAGCUCUGUUCUUAACGCACCCUUCCCCCCUCCUCCCCCUGUCGCAUACCAGGUGGGCUACGGACAGCUCAGCACCCUAGUGAAACUGGACAAGAAGCCAGUGGAGAGCCGAGGCCCUGAGGGGGAGAGUCAUGAGCUGGGCGCAAACGGCCAGCACAUGGACUACACUGACACUUUUGACAUGCUCCAUUCGCUGUUAAGUGCCCAAGGAAUGAACUCCUAGCCCGGUGCGAACGGGGAUAUAGCGGAACAAAAAGUAGGUGGAAAAGGCUUAGGUUCCCCAAAAAAAAAAAGGCCGUAACGCUCAUUCCUGCCCGUAUCCGUAUACGCAAUUGCUGCUUUGUCCUCCAUACUCUGGGGUGCAAAAAAAAAACAAUGUAAAUGAGUUAAUCUCCACAGAAAAAUAGUAUUAUAAAUACUGUAAAGGCAUGAAAUGUGCAAUUUUCCUUUUUCUGUUUUUUUUUUCUUUUCUUUUUUAAUAAUUUAAACAGUAUUUCAAUGGCAGUAAACUUCCUGCAAGAGUGUGGGCGCUUCCAAACCUCCGCAAUGCCUGGCUCCGUCGAAGGCACGGGUCAAACACUGCAAGCCAAGAAAGUGGAUUUUUUUUAGUUGCGUAGUUUGAGUGUCGUUUUUUCUUUUUAAAAAACUUUAUACUGUGCGUAUGAUUUGCAUGUUUCAAUCACAAAGGGAUAAAACAGGAUACUGACAACUGUUUACAGAACGUGGAGAUAAAUGUACAUACAUUUUUGUAUGUUAAAAAGCUAUACCAUAAAUACUCAGGUUUGGAGCUGCUUGUAAGUAUAACAAAAUUCUAUAUAUAAAAAAAAAAUCCUAUUGUGACUUGGUGUAAGAGUCCAUUUGUGAUUCAGUCUAGAGCAUUCCAGCAACGUGCUUUUGAGUAGUCUAUGCGGCUGCCAAGAUGAGGCAAUCCGUGCCCAACCAAUUGAUCACUUGGCUUGUUGUCCGGAGGUCAUGCAAUUUGUACAUUAUUUUCGACCUCCUAGCUGGAUGCCAAAGGCUGUGGCUCUAACAAUCUGACAGGUCAGUUGUAGGACUGUAAAGUUUACAUAAUCUUUUGCUGUGAAGUGCAUUUAAAAUCUUCCUUGGCUUGAUGCAAUAGCCUAGACACAGAGCAGUAAGUGGCUAAUGGUAAAAUAGUUUAAUCUUUGAGAAAACAGCAGAAACGGUAAUGUGGGUUUAAAGUCUAAAAAAAAGGUGUAUCUCCAUAAUACUUUCCAGGUCAGUUUCCUACCUAAUGAAUUGUUUUUAAUUCCUAAGGCAGAUUAUUGUUCUAGACGGAGUAGUCCUGUGUCUUUGCAGAGUUUCAAAUGAAGCCAAGAAUGUAUGUUCCCAAUGAUGGUAGUGAUUUUACUCUUCCAUGCAGGAAUACGAUGGUUCAAAAGCAGACAUGCACAAAUCUUUACAUCAACCAUUUAAAUUCUACAAAUAAAUCUUAAGGUUUCCACUACCUUAAAAUGUCUUUGUUUUAGAUCAAUUGUUUUUUUUUUUCAUCGCUAAAAGAAAAUGUUACGUGGGUAAGGGGGGAGAUUAUAAUGGACAAAAUACAUAAAUUUGUCAUAAGAAUUCUCCCGGUCCUUGCACAAAAGUCUCCAAACACUGAGAAAAAUACUUGAAGCCAUACAUUUUAUAUAUGCAUUGAGGGCUGUCUGCAAUGGACAGAAUAGCGUGUCAUUGGAAAUGUAAUUCAGGUAAAGGUCAAUGCAAUGCUGUGAAACGGGGAUUUAUUACACCUUACAUUCAUGUACAACAGACAUACACGUUGAACACAAGUAUUGCUAGUCUACAAGUUGAUUAUACAGUAGCACAUAUCUUAAGUUACAGUGGCUGAUCCUUCCUUACUGUUGGAUAUACUGUUGGAAUGUUUUCUGUCAGAUGGACAUUUCUGAUAGUGUAGCCAUUGACUGUACGAAGAUGUGCUUCCGCUUUCAUUAAAGAUCCCAUGGCACUUACUGAAAAAG